AUGGAGGCCAAAUUGAAAGCACUCAAGGUCGUAGAUCUCAAGGAGAUAAUCUCGGCUGCCAGUCUUGCCGUGCCAAGCAAAUCCAACAAGCAGGAUCUCAUCGCCCGUAUCCUCGCGUCUCCUACUGCUCUCGACGUCUACAAUGCACGGCAUAUUCCAUCAAACCAAUCCUUGAAGAAAUCUCCUAUAAAACAAGUCGUUCCCCCACCCUCAGACGAUGUCCCGGCCGCAGAUAAUGAAUCCAUUUCGGAAGUGACAAUAGCAGACUCGCCUUUGGCUACAGCUCCUGCUAGUUCAGCCAACUCUAUGUCCCGACCAUCCCCACCGUCACCACAUGCGAGCAUUCUUGUGCCUAUUGCGAGCCCUCCAAAGUCACCGGCUGGUGUCGUGUCGUCGCAGGACGAAGAACUCGAGAAACGCAAGGCUCGCGCCGCACGAUUUUCUAUUCCUCUUGUAGAACAGCCCAAACGUUCUCCAUCAUCCAAUUUGCUAGGCCCCGCUUAUCGCGUCUCAACAAAAGCCCUCAUGAGUGCCUCUCUCGAUGACCAGGAAAAGAUGGCUGCUCGCGCCGAACGCUUCGGUACAGGACCGCCUGCAUCCGCAUCAAUCAUAGAGCGCGCAAGCCGUAAGAAAAGAAGUGCUUCCCUAAUGGAAGCUGUGGACGCGGAAGAGAUGGAGCGAAGAAAAAAACGAGCCGAGAGGUUUGGUUUAUCGGUGGUGGGAACCGAAGCUUAA